AUGUCUUCUCUUGAGCGAAAUAGGGCUUCUGAGAAUAUGGAUAAUAAUGGAUCAAAUAACCUUGAUCUGAAUUUGAUGGAUUUCUUUGAGGUAAAAUCAAAUGGAGGUAAGAGAAUGUUCAGAUGCAAGUAUUGCAAGAACAAGUUCUCCACCUCACAAGCCUUAGGAGGGCAUCAAAAUGCCCAUAAACGGGAGAGAGCCAUAGAGAAGAGAGACAAUGGUGGUGCUAUGCAUUAUCCUUCUCUUGGAAAAACCCUAGGUGUGGAUAUGAGCUCUAUGAUUCAUAAACCGGCCUAUAACCACUGGUUCCGUGGUGGUGCUAUUGCCAAUGGUGGCCAUUAUUCGGGGCUAUCAAGGGCUUCUAUUAUGAACCAUCAGCCUAGAUUGCAGCAACUGCAAGAUGGAGGGCUUCAAUCUUUGGCUAGCAUGGUUCCUAAUGCCGUCGACCUUGGGGGUUCUACCAGCACUUCUCUGAAGCAGAAGGAAGAGGGCAAAGGGCUUGAGUUGUCACUUAAGCUUUGA